AUGAUCAUCGUCAAUAUCAACGACCGCCUAGGAACCAAAGCCGCCAUUCCGUGCCUAGCAUCCGACAGUAUCAAGGCGUUCAAAGCCGUGGUGGCGGCGCAUAUCGGCCGACAGCCACACGAGAUUAUGCUGAAGCGGCAGGGCGAGAGGCCGUUCAAGGACCAGCUCACGCUACAGGAUUAUGGAGUGAGUAAUGGGGUGCAGCUGGACUUGGAGUUGGAUACGGGUGAUUGA